GGACUCGAUCCCGGGACUCCAGGAUCAUGACCUGAGCCGAAGGCAGUCGCUUAACCAACUGAGCCACCCAGGCGCCCUGCCCUGUUGGGUUUUUGUCGGGGAGGGGUGCAGGGGAGCAGAAGUGGUGCAGUGGGCAGAGGUCUCCCAGCUCGCUGGAAACACUCGUCUCCUUCCUGGGAAGCCCGAUGCAGCAUUCAGUCCCUUGGUUAUUGAGAUUGGCCCUGACCCUGUCUUCUCCCCUGGAUGCCUCCAGAGCACAAGGUUAUCAUCGUGGGACUGGACAAUGCCGGAAAGACCACCAUUCUCUACCAGUUCCUGAUGAAUGAGGUGGUCCACACAUCUCCCACCAUCGGUAGCAACGUGGAGGAGCUCGUUCUGCGAAAGACACACUUCCUCGUGUGGGACAUAGGGGGACUGGAGGCUCUGCGCUCUACCUGGAAUGCAUAUUGCUCCAACCCCGAGCUCAUCAUCCUUGUGAUUGACAGCACCGACCGGGACCGGCUGCCGACCACUCGGGAGGAGCUGUAUAAGAUGCUGGCCCAGGGCGCUCUUCGAGAUGCUUAUGUCCUGAUCUUUGCCAACAAGCAGGUUAUGAACAACUCCAUGACCACUGUGGAGAUCUCUCAGUUCCUCACUCUGAGCGCCAUCAAAGACCACCCGUGGCACAUCCAUGGCUGCUGUGCCCUCACCGGGGAAGGGCUGCCCACAGGGCUCCAGUGGAUGCAAUCUCAGGCCACUGCCAACUGAUGCCCCGACCUGAGGCCAACCAAGGACUCUGGGGGGUUUUGCUUGGACUACAUGGGUGGAAAGUCCAAGUGACGAUUACUUUUCUACGAUUCUCUGAUGGGAGCUGGGUCAGCUCUGGACAGUGAGAUCGCCACAGUCCACCCAACCCAACCCCGCCACCAAGGGGCUAGACUGCCCACCCUGACCUCCUGCAGACAGGACAGCAGAAGAGCUGCCCUUCACUCCAGGGAAGCAGGUGUCUUUGGAGGCACAGGCGAGCUGUUGGACACGUCGAGGGAUUGGGAAGUGGAGCUCCGUCCCCUUAGCCCACAACCUCUUUGAGGAAAAAAAAUGGGGGAUGGAGUAAGAGACCCCCUGGAAUUGCUCUUUAUUUCCUAGAACCCCACCCCCUAUCCAUCGAUUCCCGCCCCAGCUUUCUGGCCCCUUAGCCAUCUUUGAGCAAAGGAGAUUCCAGAAGGGUGAAGGGGCAGGCUCAGGGGAAGGAGGACAGAGCCAAAAACUGGUGGGAAGGGCGCCUGGGUGGCUCAGUUGGUUGGGCGACUGCCUUAGGCUCAGGUCAUGAUCCUGGAGUCCCAGGAUCGAGUCCCGCAUCGGGGGGAGUCUGCUUCUCCCUCUGACCCUCCCCCCUCUCAUGUGCUCUCUCUCUCUCUCAAAUAAAUAAAUAAAUAAAUAAAAUCUUAAAACAAACAAACAAACAAAAAACUGGUGGGAAGGGAGAGGAAGAAGGACGGGACAUCCCGGAGGGGGACAUGCCUUGCACUUUGGGGAGUUCCACUCCUCCCAUGCCUCUCAUUUCCCUCUGGGAUGCUGGCUCUGACCACAGCUGAGCGUUAAGCCAUCCCAUCCUAUGCCCUCCAGUCCUUCCAGUGUGAAUCCCACUCCUCCCACAUGUCUCCAGUUCCUACAGCGUGCCUAUCUCAACUGUCUUUUGUCAUGAUUUUGUCAUUGUUUUAGAAUUUUUAUAAAAGUAUAAUA